UCUUGUCCCAAUUCUAAAAUCCGUUCGUGAAUCAUUUCCAAUUGCAUCACAAAGGAUGGCGAGUUUGAAUGGUCUUAAGGAUGAGACGACUGUGGGGGAUAUGGGGGUGAUAGGAUCGUUUGUGAGUUAUUUUAAGAAGGAGGUGGAGCUUAUUGAGGCGCCUAUCCCCAAUCUCAACAUGGAUGAUUAUGUGAUGAUUGAGUUAGAGCUUGCACAUGAUGAAACUCGGUGGAAAGAUUACGUUGUUUACGUUUACAUUUGUGAUAUUUUGUUUACGUUUAUAUACGUUUUAUACGUUUUGUUUAGUUAGAGAUUACCUUGUUCUCCAAUCUCUAUUUGUCUGGACUCGACUCUUCUUGGCGUUGGGACGGAGUUUUAUCUUGUUCUAUUAUCAAAUGACGAUGGAGAUCAGAUUGUUCUGAGUACAUCCGUGAUGUCCCCCAUUGUUCCAUCCUUCACAUAUCCGAACUUGCCUGAUUCGCCACUCACCUCACUAUGGAGAGAUUAUGAUUGUAUGCGACGAGGGGAUGCUAUAGAGACGGAGAUGGGAGUGCUUGCGACUCUUGCACUCGUACUUUGGGAACCAUAUUGUAACACAUGUGGGGAACUGGGACACUGUCCAAGGAUGUGUCGUUUUUAUCGCCCAUAUGGAGAUCUGGUGAUUUGGUUCCGUUUGUGUGACGGGACUGGAAACUAUGCUAGUGUGUGUCUGAUAGUCAUAGCAGGACCACCUGAGGGCUCGUCUCGUAUGUUUCCUUCCACUUUGACUGAUGCAUCCACCUCGGAAUCUAUGGAGGAUUACUGGACUAGUUCUAGGUGUCCUUGUAUUAUGUGUAGGAAUAUUUACAGUUAAGUUCACCAUAACAAGUCCAAAGCGAAGGUAUGUAGGGUACUAACCCUCUUAUUGUAGUAUAGUGGCUUAGAAGUCUAGUGUGGACCAAUAAAGCCCUUCGCCUAGUUAUAUAACUUUUAAGAUGGUUUGUACUUGUAUAAUUUUUAGGAUGGGUAUACUUGUAUAAUUAGAAAAUGCAAUAUGUAUAACAUAACAAUUUAGGAAUGUAAUGUAUAACUUAAAAGAUUGUAACUUAAAUGAUGUAUGAACUUGAUGUCU